AUGUCCCCCUCGGCUCCCGCCCUCCUCCACCACCGCGGGGUCUCAGGUAGAGCAACCUUACCUGUGCAUCAUGGAGAAAGCAGAAUCCCUCCAGGAGCUUGUUUCAUGGGCACAUCACCUAUGUUGGGGCCAAUGAGGGUAUCCUUGGUAUGUUGUGCAAGCCCCAACCACCAUAGGCUAAGGAAUUCGGAUACAUCGCGACAACAAAAAGGGGGGUCCUCCAGAGGGAAAGGCAAGUCGUACCAGGAUAAAGAUGAUUCUGAGAACAUUGAUGAAUUCGAUAGCGAUAUCAUGUUCUCCAAGAACGGACCACCAAUCUCUUUGGCAAGCAAUUCCCGUCCUCAAGCUACAUCAGCUCCUGGGGAAAGAGAGAAGGAGAUUGUGGAGCUCUUUAAAAGGGUUCAAGCACAGCUGCGAGCUAGGGGGAAAGGCAGGGAAAACAAGAAGCCUGAACCUGCAAAAGUGAAGGGUGAAAGGGGCAGUGUUGAUUCACUUCUUAAGCUGCUUAGGAAACACUCUGUGGACCUGAGAAGGAAGAGCAGUGACGACAAAGAACAGAAUUUUGAUGUAAUGAGGAGAAGCAACGAUUCUGGAAAUAGACAAAGUUCAACCAUCUUUGGCACAAAAAGUGACAUCCAGGAAGAGCAGAAGAAGCCACCUCCGGCACCCUUCAAAAGGCCAGCUUCAAAUUUCAGGCGAAGAUCUCCUGUUCCUGGAGUGAAGUUCCAGCCUGUUAUCAAUGCGGACGUAGACAGAGAUGCCGAUCGCAAGUCCAUCGGCAGUAAUGUCGCCGAUGCUGUACAGAAAGCUAAGACAGCUCUUGAUGAGAGGACUGCUACAGACGAGCCUGACUCCAUGUCUCCGUAUGAACCUGAUUCUGUAAUAGAACCAGAAAAUAUUUCUUUGGAAGACCUCGAUGACAUUUUAGACGACGAUGAAGAAUCUGAUGCAGAUGAACCAGAUGAUGAGUAUUCAGAACCUUCUUUGGAAAUCGCUGAUGUUACAGAGACGGAUGAAUUGCACGUGAACAACUCCAUGGAAAGUUCAGAUCUAAGGUCUCUGAAGGUUGCAGAGCUGAGAGAGCUUGCAAAGUCCCGAGGAAUCAAAGGCUACUCAAAGAUGAAGAAAAACGAGUUGAUUGAAGUCUUGAGCAGCUGCAUGGCUUGA